AUGUCGUGGCAUCCAGUGUCGACAAAUCGCUAUGAGCGCGCAUUCGAUUCCCUGGAGAAGUUCUAUUGGGGCAUUGCAGAGGCUGGUGCCCCAUUGCAGAAGCAACAUCAUUUGUAUCCUCAGAUUGCGGCCGUAGCAGAUGAAACCGGUACACGGCUGACCUACACCGUGCCAUCGCCGGAAGAACUCGAAGCAUGGGUGUAUGAUACUUUCCUGAUAGUGGAGGAGAGUUCCGCUACACACCUGUACCAGACACUGCCACCAUCUUCACUGUUCUGUCUGUACUACCUCCCGAGACCCCGCGAGCUGCUUUUCCGCACCCCGCACUGGCGCAUCGAUGGCAUCGGGUUGAUGUACCUGCAGACCGCCUUUCUUCGCAUUCUGGCCGACGGCCCGGUCCAGACGCAGCUGGAUGGCUCGGAAGCCGCCCGUCUAGCACCAUCCUUAGACGAGGCUGCCUUGGUGCCGCCAGAGGCCACUCCAACCAUGUCCGAGGCGGCGGAUGCCGAGUUGGAGGUGCUUCUGAAGGGCCUGCCUGGGGUACCGAUUGCCACGCAGCCGAGGAUCCUCCUCGCGUCAGCGGCAGUCACCGUCUACCACACAGGCAUCCCAUUCAGCGUGGAUCUGGCCGCCAGCCAUGACUUUGCCUCUCUUGCAGUGGCGUUCGCCCAGGGAUACAAGCGGGAUCUGAGCCGCGAUGAACCCCGGAACAUCUUUACCUUCCUAGCGGAGUAUGUGCGCAAGAUCCUAGGGUUGCUGGGAGCAGCUUCACCCGACCCAUUACAGGCGCCGGCGCAUCCUGAGCUGAGCUCGGUCGGAGUUGUCAACGAUUAUCUCCCGGCCGAGUACGAGGGCAUCGCGAGGAAGCUUGAGAUGCAACUUGCGGUCAACUGGAACAAGUCGUUCUAUGAGGAGGAGUUUGUGGCGACAUUCUUGGACAGCUGGAUGCUAUCUUCUAUAUCAGUAUUCUAG